GGGGCUGGGUGCGGCACACACACACACGGGCGCAGGAGCCGCAGCGCCAUGCCCUGACCAUGGAGAGCAGACUGCGAGAGAGCCCAGAAAGGACUUUCGAUCUUGUCUUCAAGGUGACUUGCCCGACUUCUGAAAAUGAAGACCCCGUGCUUGCCUGGAAGUUCCCAGAGGACUUCAGAGACCAGGAAGUUCUACAGACUGUGCCGAAGUUUUGCUUUCCCUUUGAUGUCGAAAGGGUCUCACAGAGCCAGGUGGGACAACACUUCACUUUUGUGCUGACCGACAUCGAGAGCAGGCAAAGGUUUGGAUUCUGUCGUUUGACAUCAGGAUGUAAAGUCUGCCUUUGUAUCCUCAGUUACUUGCCUUGGUUUGAAGUUUACUAUAAGCUGCUGAACACGUUGGCAGAUCUGCUGGCUAAAGAGCAGGAAAAUGACUUGAAUGAUAUUUUGCAAACAUUAUACAAGCAUGAUGUACCGUUGCCAAAUACGCCCGUCAAUCUCAGCCUGAACGAGCAGGUUUCCAUUAGAAGUGGACAACUGACCAAUGUACAGGUCUUGCAUUCGUACUUUAUCACCCCUGAUACAAGUGGACUACCUACGAUACCUGAAAGUAGAAAUAUGACCGAGUAUUUUGUGGCUGUGAGUGUCAACAACAUGUUGCAACUUUAUGCCAGCAUGCUGCAUGAAAGACGGAUUAUCAUUACCUCCAAGAAACUUAGCACUUUAACGGCAUGUGUUCAUGCAUCAGCUGCAAUGAUCUAUCCCAUGUACUGGCAGCAUAUUUACAUCCCAGUGCUUCCAUCCCACCUGCUGGACUAUUGCUGUGCCCCAAUGCCCUAUCUGAUUGGCGUUCAUCUGAGCUUAAUGGAAAAGGUGAAGAGCAAAGCUUUGGAAGAUGUGAUUAUAUUAAAUGUGGACUCAAACACACUGGAAACGCCAUUUGAUGACUUGCACAACCUACCGGGUGAAGUGGUCUAUUCCUUGAAGUACAAACUGAAGAAGCAGUCUACAGCCACAGGCGACGGGGUGGCCAGGGCCUUUCUUAAGGCCCAGGCAGCAUUGUUUGGCUCCUACAGGGAUGCACUACGAUAUAAACCUGGAGAGCCAAUUACAUUUUGUGAAGAGAGUUACGUGGCCCAUCGAUCCAGCACCAUUAAAAACUUCCUGCAAAAUGCUGUGCAGCUUCAGCUCUUCAAACAGUUUAUUGAUGGCAGGUUGGAAAAGCUAAAUGCAGGGAAAGGGUUUUCGGAUGUUUUUGAAGAUGAGAUCACUGCUGGAGGCUACAGUGGAGGAAGUUCAAAGUCGUAUCAGCAAUGGAUGUGCACAGUCAAGAAGGGUGGAGCUCUGUUAAAUACAGUAAUGACAAAAGCAAACCCUGCCAUGAAAACAGCCUACAAAUAUGCUAAGAAUCAAGCUAAGAUGGGGAUCAAAGAAAUGAAGAGCAUGUUAAAGCAGAAGGAAGCAAACGAAGAUGAUGACUUUGAUUGCAGCAAGGCUACUUUUCCAAGUCUACAACAGCGAUCGAAUUCUGACAUUUUGAAGAACAGACUUCCAGCCACGAAACGUAAAGGGGGUCGCACUCAAAGAUUAUCACACACCGGCACUGUGUCCACACUGGAUGAUGACGAGACCGACUCGGCAAACAAGUUGUCGUCUGAAGAUAGCGGGGAUACGUACGCCUACAUUGAUGACAGCGAUGAGUCUGAACAGAUGGAAUUGGAGUCACAGUCUCCGGGCCAGAUGGACCUGUUGGGGGAGAUCCUGGACACACUCAGCACCCACAGUUCAGACCAAGGGAAGAUGUAUGCGGCAAAGAGUCUGGACUUCUUCAAAUCCAUGGACGAUGUCAGCUAUAAAACCAGGAACAAGUCCAAUACACCGAGUGAGGGGAACCUGUCUGAGCUCAGCGCGCAGUGCAACAAUCUGAGCUGGCACCUGGGGCAGGACGAUUCCACAAUCCACCGAAAGCCCCUCCCUCCAUCGCCACGGAAAUCAUUUUUUGACUAUUCCGACAACCCCCUCUCCCCUGAGUUCAUUGAAAAGUUGAUGGAUUUCCCGAAACUCAACAGUGACUCGUCGUUUACAAACUCGCCGCCAACUCGCGCCUCGCACGCGGAAAUGAGCCCGGAGGAGGAAGGUUCGGCCGGGCAGUUGCCAGCACGAACACUAACCAGUGAAGAUCAAGAUCAGAAUGCUCCCAAAAACCCAUCCGUUCUCAUCCCUUGGGAGAAAGGCGAUGGCGAGGCUGAACUGGUGGAGCCCGCCAGUGACACAGACCUUCUCCAAGAGAUUGACUGCGUGUGUUCUCGAAUGACAACUGGCCACACCAUUUCCAGUGUCGGGGCUUCCACUACCCACAGCUAGUGUGGAGGGGGGUGGAACCAUGUUUUAAACUGGGCUAGAUUAGAGUAGCUAUUUAAGAAAAUGAAAGAGUGUGUAUUGGACUGCAGUGAGGGACAAAGUCAUUGAACUUUUUAAGUGCAGAAUAAGUUAAAAAAUCCACUGCUUUACUGAAUUAUGCAAAGUGAAAUACAGAUUUUCUUGUAGGUUUGAACUUUUAAUACGUAUUUCUCAAAUGACUGUUAAGAUCACCUGAUUUAUCGACUUGGGCUAAAUACUUGACGACACAUCAUUGCUUAGUGCAUUCACUUCCCUGCUUAUAUAAUCAGUGAUUUACGUAAACUCGCACUUGCGUAAGCAAUUUGUUAUUUCAGAGUUGCUUGUCUUGGUCAUAGUGCACUACUGCCUCUGCAUGCGGCCAUUCUCGUGGUCUCCAUGUUGGAGCUCCCCCCCCAAUGGUCUCUGCAUCGUUUAGUCAACUUACGUAUGCGCAGUAGCACUUCCGUUUCCGACUUGCGUAACAUCUGACUUACACAAUUGUCCAUGGAAAAUAACCCUUACAUAAGUCAGGGAGUGUGUGUACAUCUGUAAAUCAGCAAUCCAGUAUUCCUGUACACAGGAGUUGCCAUGUCACUAAGGGAAGUGAAAAUGGUUAACGUCAACUACAAAAUGCAAACUUGUCUUUCUCCUCCGCAGUAGGAAUCGGUGAUCUACAUUCAGAGCUAGUGAUAAAUCUUCAUGUUAUUCCAAUCAAAUCUUGCUGGUCUUUCAAACGUCAUAGAUUCAUGGUUACACAGCACCAAAACAGGCCCUUCAGCCCUUUGCUGCCAUGCCGCCCAAGAUGGCUAUCUACGCUAAUCCUAUUUCCCUGUGCUUGGCCCAUAUCCCCUUGAACCUUUCCUCUCCAUGUACAGAUGUCUUUUAAAUGUUGCUGUUGUCCCUGCCUCUACCAUCUCCCCUGUGGUUCUGAGCAGCAUCAACAGAGGGUGGUGGGUAUGAGCAAUGAGCUGCCAAAGGAGGUGGUGGAGGCGGAUACAAGGAUCAGAAAGCUUCAGAAGGUAAUGGCGAACUUCGAAUUUUUACAUGGGCUAAAUAAAAUAUCGCUAAAACCUUGCACAACAGGGAAUGGAAGAGCGUUGGCAGUAGCUUUGUCAAAGCUUAUCAGCAAUUGAGUUGGUAAUAAUGAUCGGUGUUCUCUGCAAUUCCUUACACCCAGAGUUACUUAGUGUUGGUACACACCAGUGCACCACCUCUUUAUAAAAGUUACACUUUCAUUCUUUCCUUUUCUGGCCACAUGACACAUAUUUACUAUUACGAUCCUAACACAUAGGAGCAAAAUUAAGCCAUUCAGCACAUGUCGUCUACUCCACCAUUCGAUCAUGGCUGAUCUAACAUGUGUACUGGCACCUUCUUGUUGACACAAAAUGCACUGCUUACAUCCAACAAAUAAAACCAAAGCGCUGGAGUAACUCGGUGGGUCAGGCAGCACCUCUGGAGAACGUGGAUAGGUGACGUUUUGGGUCGAGAUACUUCUUCACACUGAGUUUUAGACUAGACACUAGACCAAGUGCAGACCCGUUGGGUCUGGUCCCCGAACAUGCUUCAGACCCCGAGUGGGGGGGGGGGGGGGGAGUUGUAACCGAACUGAACUCACUGUGGAAUGAUCAGAGACUGUGAGGCCUCUGACACGCCGACUCUGUCGCGCUGGCUGUUCCCCCGCUGCUAGAAAAGCAGCGCUUGAAGAUCCGAUGUUUGGCUUGAGGCAGCGUGACAGAGCCGGGCCGGGCACCAGCGGCUAUGAAAAAUGUCGCCGUUUUUGGAGCAGAGCCGGGCGUCAGCAGGCGUUAUGGUCGCUGGCCAGCAGGAGGCGACAAAAUGA